CUUUUUAUUAUAUAUUGUACAUUAUUUCUUCUCAUUAUUGUUGUUGAUUUUCUUUUUCCUUUUGAAGAUAGGCAUUGCACCUACAAGUUUACGGUGGUGUGGCCUUUUGGUAUGCAAGGCGCUAUUAUCUUGGCUGCACAACCGCUCCGAGUAAAGUUGUUGCGGAGCAAUAAUUCCAGUACUGGCAAUCCGUCCGCUACAGCAGGCUCUAGCAACCCAAGCUUGAUGGCGGCCGCUGGUCCGAAGUGGGCUCAAAAGACUGUUACGCUGUCUCCUCAUAGGCGGGGCUGUCAUCUCAUCACCCCGAAGAUAAUGAAGGAAAUUGGACAAGACUUGUCAGAAUUCAAAUAUGGCCUUGCUCAUAUCUUCUUGCAGCAUACGAGUGCCUCUCUUACCAUCAACGAAAACUAUGAUUCGGAUGUUCAGAGCGAUACUGAAACCUUCCUCAACAAGAUAGUACCUGAAGGUACAUCUGCUCCUUGGAAGCAUACACUUGAAGGCCCGGAUGACAUGCCAGCUCACAUUAAAUCAUCAUUGUUUGGCUGUGCACUGACGAUUCCCAUAACAAAUGGAAAGUUUAAUAUGGGUACAUGGCAGGGAAUAUGGCUAUGUGAGCACCGAGACCACCCCACUGCACGUAAUAUUGUGGUCACCCUGAAUGGAAUUUAGGAGGUAUACGCUAAGAAGGGAUGGAGCUUCUGCGUACACCGCCAUUUCUUCUGUUGUAUCGAUGUCAAUAAUAAACUGGUGUCCGCCUUGGCAUAACUGAACUGCCGACUGGGAGUAUGGGACCAUGUGAAACCUUUCCUUUCUUCUUCUUUUUUUAAUUAAAAAUUGAGAUCGUAGUUCGUGGUUUA